AUGACAGAGGCUGUGGGAUUCUGGGAGAGUGUAUCAGAUGACGAAUCACAGGACAAAGGCUGUAUGGAGGUACAUAACACACCGAGUUCCGAUGAGAGCCCACUAGUUCAAAGUUUGGUGUCCUUUGUGGGAUCGUGCUCCAUCAACCUACUCCUACCUUUCUUUAACGGUAUGAUGCUCGGCUUUGGCGAGCUAUUUGCUCACGAACUCUGCUGGAGAUUCAAUUGGUUUAACCAUAGAAACAAGGGGUAUAAGGUGUACCCAGAGUCGCGCAAAAUAGCAGCACUAAAAGAGAUUUCAAGCCCUGCCACGGGCGCCAGGGCCGCAACCAAGUUCCUUUAA